AUGGAGGACGCUUACCUUGUGCCGGCGAUUUUGUGGCUGGUGCAGACCAUCCUUGGCACCCUCGGGAUCCGCGAGCUGGAUUCGUGGAUCCGCCAAGCCGGGCUUUGGCAUGACAUCGAGAACCUCAGGUCUGAGCUCGAGGUAGUCCAGGCGGUGGCCACCGAUGCGAAGGGGAGAACGCUCCAGAGCGUGCUUCUGGAUAAAUCUCUCACCGAUCUCAAAAGGUUUCUGUACGACGCCGAUGACCUGGUCGACGAGCUCGACUACUGGAGGCUCCGGCACCAAGUCGAAGGAGGCCAACACACGCUGCCUUCUUCGUCCAAUGCGUACAAUCACUAUGCCUCCGACGGUGUUACUCAACAUACCACAAUGACUACCCCAGUUACUGUGCAGGAGCUCGAUAGCAUGUAUGAAGCAGCGCGAGUAGAUCAUGGCACAGUGAGGGACGAUAAUAAUAUUCCGGCGACAAGCAGUCGUGGCAAAAAACGGUCCAAGGCAUGGGAUGAUUUUGUGGACAUAAAAGAUGGUAAUGGAAAGACCGUGCAGGCAGAAUGUAGACACUGUAGAAAGAGAGUUCAAUACAAAGGUGCACAAGGGCCAAGAGUCUUGACAACUCAUGUCAAAAGUACCUACUGCAAGAAUAUGCGAGAAGCACAUCCCCAGCUGCAAAGCCAUCCAAGCAUAAAUGAAGCUGCUGAAAAUGCUACUCCCGUUGCUGCUGGUAAUUCAUCCAACAGACCGAGGAUGGUAACGAAUCAAGAGCCAACAGAAAUCACCACAGCUAUUGCUCACCCUUGGGAUAAGGACGAAUUUUCGAGUAGGAUACAAAAAACAACUCAUCAGUUGAAAGGCAUCCGAGGGGAUGUGACAAAGGAUCUCAACAUGCUUGGGUCACACUCUGGUGCAAGUUCAGGUCACCAUCAAAGUACAGCAGCCUCUGAUCCACGCCAAAGAACAUCAAGCCUUCUUCAAGGCAAAGUGUAUGGGAGAGACGAAGAGAAGAACUCCAUCAUAAACCGGAUGAGAGCUGGCAAAUCUGACAGUGUAACUGUUCUGCCUAUUGUAGGCAUUGGAGGGACCGGGAAGACGGCACUCGCACAAUUUGUAUAUAAUGAUCUGAAAGUGCAAAACCAAUUUGACCACAGCAUAUGGGUCUGGGUGUCUAACAGCUUUGAUGAAAUGAGAAUCACAAGAGAGAUGUUAGAUAUUGUCCCUCGAGAAAAGCACGAAGGGUUAUGCAGCCUUGACAAACUUCAGCAGGUCUUGAAAACUCAUACUGAAUCAAAGAGGGUUCUACUUGUUUUAGAUGAUGUCUGGGAUGACAUGAAUGAUUGCAUAUUUAACCUAAUACUUGCUCCUUUCAAGUCAAACAAUGCAAAUGGCAGUGUGAUCCUUGUGACGACUAGAUAUAUCUCUGUUGCAAAAAGGAUAGGAACGACUGAACCAGUUGUGUUAGGUGCUCUGGAAGAUGACGAUUUGUGGUUAUUGCUCAAAGCACGAGCGUUUCGUGAUGAGAACUAUGAAGGGCCUAGAAAUCUAACAAGCAUUGGAUGGAAAAUAGCACGCAAGCUAAAAGGCAACCCAUUAGCAGCAGUAACUGCAGGGGAACUAUUAAGAGUUGAUUUUACUGUUGAUCAUUGGAUUAAAAUUCUCAAGGACGAAGAUGGAAAAUUGUUGGGACAGAGUGGAGGCAUCAUGUCUUCUUUGAAGCUUAGCUACGAUCAGUUACCAUACCAUCUACACCAAUGUUUCUCAUAUUGUUCUAUAUUCCCUGACAGUUAUAAGUUUCUUGGUGAGGAGUUGGUCCGUAUUUGGAUUUCACAAGGAUUUGUCAAGCAGAACCAUCCAAGCAAGACAUUAGAGGAGAUAGGAAUGGACUAUCUGGCUGAAUUGGUGGACCUGGGAUACUUUCAGCAAUGUGAAGAAGACUCCUCUCUAUGCAGUCAAAAUUCAUUUUCUUUCAAAGGCAGCAAUUUCUUUUAUACUGUGUCUGGACUUAUGCAUGAUUUUGCAACGAUGGCUUCAAGAGCUGACUGUGCAGUUAUAGAUGGUAUACAAUGCAAUGAUAUAUUUCCAACUGUACAAAAUUUGUCAAUAGAGUGCAAGAAAGAUCAGCAUGGGAAUGUGUCUUGGAAUAGCAAGUUUAAAGAAGAUUUGCGAAAAACAGUUACGUCCAUGAGAAAACUGAGGACAUUACUGUUAAUCGGGCAAUAUGACUGUUCCUUCUUCCAAUCCUUCGAAGGCAUAUUCCAGAAAGCAUAUGAUAUACGUCUUCUGCAAAUAUCCGCUACAUUUGCAGAUUUUAAUUCCCUCAUGUACAGUUCUGUAAAUCCUACUCAUCUUCGCUAUCUAAAACUGGCGGUCAAUGAGGCGAGGGGGGAUUUGCCUCAGGUUUUGAGCAAUUGUUGUCACCUUCAAGUAUUAGAUGUCGGCUCAAACACUCAUCUUGAUGUACCUCAUGGCAUGAAUAAUCUUGUCAGUUUGCGGCAUCUUGUUGCAGCUUCCAUUGCUAGAAUUGGCAAAUUGACCUCACUUCAGACACUAAACAAUUUCAGCAUACAAGAUUCUAAUGGCUUUCAGAUUAUAGAACUUCAAUGCAUGAACGAUCUUGUCCAACUUGGGAUUUCUCAACUUCAAAAUGUUAAAACUCAGGAGGAGGCUUGUGGAGCAGGACUGCUUGACAAAUGGCACUUAGAAAAGCUGCACUUGUCCUGGAAAACUCUCUUGUCAGAUGGUGAAUAUGCACUGAGAUAUAUACGACAGUUAGAAAAGCUGCACUUGUCCUGUGAAGAUAUCAACCUGAAUAUUUUACAUGUUGAGAACGUCACAUGCUCUGAACCUUCUACCAGCAUAGAAACAGAGAAGUGCUUGCCAACAGAGGUCCUUGAGGGUCUUGAACCACAUAAAAACCUAAAGCAUCUUCAGAUAUCUGGAUACAAUGGUGCUACCUCUCCAUCUUGGCUAUCUGGAUACAAUAUCUCUGUUACCUCUUUACAGACUCUGCAUUUGGAGAACUGUAGAAAAUGGCGGAUACUUCCAUCUCUGCAAAGGCUUCCGCUUCUUACAAAAUUAAAGUUAAGCCUUAUGCCAAAAGUAGUAAAAAUAUCAGUUCCUUCAUUAGAGGAGCUGGUGUUAAUUAAAUUGCCAAUGUUGGAGACAUGCUCCUGCACUUCUAUGAGGGAGUUGAACUCUUGUUUAAGGAUUCUGAAGAUUAAGAAUUGCCCUGCACUGAGGGUGUUUGAUCUGUUUGGGAACCGCCAUAAAUUUAAAAUUGAGCAGAAGUUUUGGUUGCCACGUCUUUGUGAACUCAUUAUCCACCACUGUCCUCUUUUGGUAGUACCACGCCCUUUACCAUCUUCAAGUACUGUUUCUAGAAUUUCCAUGAGAGGAGUUUCGAAAUUUCCAAGAAUAGAUUCACAGUCCUGCGGAAGUUUAACCAUCGGCGAGAAUCCUGAGGUGUAUGAUUCUGAUGAGGAUCCUUUUGACAAGUCCGCUGAUAAUCUGUCAGUGUUAGAUGGAAAUAUUUUGGCAUUCCAUAAUCCAAGGUUCCUGACAGAGUUGAUAAUAAGUUGUUGCCAAAAUCUAACGUCUAUCUCAUUCAAAGGAUUAAGUCAACUUGUAUCCUUAAAGAAACUCAGAAUACUGCACUGUCCAGGACCUUUUAGUUUCGAUGUUCCACCAGACCAUACCCAUGAAGAUUUUUCUAAAGCUGAUACCCAUGAAGAUUUGACAGCUGCAAAUUGGAAUGCCCUCCCAUCUCUCGAACAUCUAGGGAUUUUUUCAUGUGGAAUAGCGUGGGAGUGUCUGUCUCUGAUUCUGCAACAUGCGCCAGCACUAAUGGAAUUGGAUUUAUGCCGCUGCCCAAAACUGGAAUCUCUACAACUGAAUUCCUGCACGACACUGCAAAAGUUGAGCAUACAGAACUGUGAAUCGCUCGGCACACUAGAGGUCUUGCAAUCCAAUUCCCUCAGGGAUAUGGAACUAAGUGAAGUCCCAAAUUUGAAAUCUCUACAGCUGCACUCUUGCACGGCACUGGAAGAGUUGGUCAUCUUUGGAUCUGCAGUAUGCGUGCUCGAGGGCUCGGAAUCACUCAGGAAGUUGCAUGUUUAUGACAACCCGUAUUUAAAAUCUCUACAUUUGUAUUCCUGCACAGAACUGAAAGAGUUGGAUAUUUUUUGCUGUACAUCACCAUCUACAAUAGAGGGCUUUCAAUCCCUUGGCAGUCUCAGGAGUCUACGUCUGCGUAAUUGCUGUGGUUUACAUUCAUGUUUGGAGAGUUUGCCAGUGCAGGACUACGAAUUAUGCCCUCAACUGGGUGUUCUUGAAAUCGAUGAGUUCUCUUUCCUUGCCACAUCGUUCUGCAGGCAACUCACAUCACUCCAGAGCCUAGUUAUUCAUUGCCGGGGGGAAGGAACAAAAGCAGCGCGACUAACAGAUGACCAAGAGAGAGGGCUUCUGCUCCUCGAUUCCCUCGCACAGCUCCAAUUUGAGAAUUACAAGCAUCUCAAAUAUCUUCCUGCAGGCCUGCACAGACUUCGCUCCCUCCAGGUGUUGCUGAUUUCAAAUUGUCCGAGCAUCUCAGAGUUGCCGGACCUCCCGCCUUCUCUACAGGAGUUGAGAAUCAUAUAUGUCUGUGAGGAGCUGAAACAGCAAUCCAAAUUGCGGGCAUCAAGCAAGUUAAAGGUCAGAAUUGACUACGAAUAUGUGAACUGA